AUGAGCCCAACAACGAGGUACUCUCUUGCCGGGAAACCCAUUGGCCUUGAUGGCUUCGGUCUGAUGCGUCUCACGUGGCACGUCACACCACUCCCCGACUCCGAGACCUUCCCUAUCCUCAAAGCCACCAUUUCAACUGGCAUGACCGUCUGGAACGGCGCCGACUUUUACGGCACACCGGAAAAUAACUCGCUGCACCUUAUCAAGCGCUAUUUGACUGUUCACCCUCAAGAUGCGGACAGAUUCGUGCUAUGCAUCAAGAGUGGUGUUGCCGACAUGUCAACCUUCAAACUGGAUUGUUCUCCAGAAAGACUGCGCCAAUCGGUGAAUCAAUCAUUAAACAUUCUAAAAGGAACAUUGAGCAAGAUUGAUGUCUUUGGACUUGCACGUGUCGACCCUAAUGUUCCUGUGGAGGAAAGUGUGAAAGCUCUUGCCGAAUUGCGCGAACAAGGAAAAAUUGGUGGUAUACAGCUUACCGAAGUGAGAGCAGAGACCAUCCGACGUGCAGCGAGCAUUACCAAGAUUGAUAUGGUCGAAGCUGAGAUAAGUCUUUGGUCUACUGAAGUCUUCAGUAAUGGAGUAGCAGAGGCAUGUGCGGAACACGGUGUCGUGCUAGUUGCACAUACUCCUCUUGGAGGUGGUAUUCUGACUGGCAAAUUCGAAUCCUAUGACGAUCUUCCCGCCAUACUGAAACACCGACCACGAUUCGCACCCGAGAACUUCGACAAUAACCUCAAACUUAUCAAGAAGAUCAAGGAGCUUGCAAGCUCAAAGGGAUGCACUCCUGCACAACUAGCACUAUCGUGGGUCAAGAAGAAGGGUACAGAGCCCGGUAUGCCCGUUAUUGUGCCUGUUGUCGGUGCAAGAACUCGGGAGACUUUAUUGGAAAAUGCGAGAAAUGUGGAUUUGACUGAAGCCGAUAUGAAGCAGAUUGGUGAUAUAUUGCGCGCGUUUCCAGUCAAGGGUGACAGAUGGCCAGCUGGGCCAGCAAAGCUUAACGAGUAUUGA